AACCCAGUCCCUCACACUCGGCGUGGCUCAAUCACAGCGGGCACUCCGCAAAAAGCGCAGCCGGCACGUUUGACCCAAAGGGGGUUCCGUAGCUCCGACCCCAGACAGUUGUGAGGCCAGAGUGCUACCUGUGUGACAGCCGGAUACCUCAGCACACUCGCGGAAAUAAUUGAUCCCUGUUUUGUGGCUAUGUUGUAGUUAAGUUUGCGUCGCCCACCGAAGGUCAUUUCGCCCGGUUAGCUCGCCACGCAGGCUAGCGUGCGGUGGGUGGCUAGCUCUGUGGGCUAACGACAACGUCAACGAGCAGAAAAAAACGGCACAAACAGACGCCGUGGUCAGUGGAUAAAAGGUGCCGCCGCUGUCGGUGACGGUGAAAAAAAACCAGCGGGAGCGCCACGAUGAAUGUCGCUAAAAGUGGUUAUCGCGUCUUUUCAGCAAACUCCUCCGUGGCAUGCACAGAAUUGGCCAAGAAGAUCACGGAGCGGCUGGGGGUUGAACUGGGGAAGUCUGUGGUCUUUCAGGAAUCUAACAGAGAGACUAGAGUGGAUGUAAAAGAAUCUGUUCGUGGACAAACUAUCUUCAUCAUUCAGACAAUACCAAGAGAUGUCAACACAGCCAUCAUGGAGCUGCUGGUUAUGGCUUACGCCCUCAAGACCUCUUGUGCAAAGAACAUCAUCGGAGUUAUUCCGUACUUCCCCUACAGCAAGCAGUGCAAGAUGAGAAAGAGGGGCUCAAUAGUGUGCAAGUUGUUAGCUUCAAUGUUAGCUAAAGCAGGAUUAACACACAUCAUCACCAUGGACUUGCAUCAGAAGGAGAUCCAAGGCUUCUUCAGCUUUCCGGUGGACAACUUGCGGGCCUCGCCUUUUUUGAUUCAGUACAUCCAAGAGGAGAUUCCCGAUUACCGAAAUGCCGUCAUUGUGGCAAAGUCCCCAGCAGCAGCUAAAAGGGCUCAGUCCUAUGCAGAGCGCCUGCGUUUGGGUCUGGCUGUGAUUCACGGGGAGGCUCAGUGUUCAGAGUCCGACAUGGCCGACGGAAGACACUCCCCGCCAUGUGUACGCAACACCACCGGACACACAGGGCUGGAGCUACCUUUAAUGAUGGCCAAGGAGAAACCUCCCAUUACUGUAGUCGGAGACGUGGGAGGGAGAAUUGCCAUCAUUGUGGAUGACAUUAUAGAUGAUGUAGGUGACUUUGUUGCAGCUGCAGAGAUCCUGAAAGAGAGAGGAGCCUAUAAAAUUUAUAUCAUGGCCACACAUGGUUUACUGUCUGCUGAUGCUCCACGCCUCAUAGAGGAAUCUGCCAUUGAUGAGGUGGUGGUCACCAACACAGUCCCCCAUGAAGUACAGAAGCUGCAGUGUCCCAAAAUCAAGACUGUGGAUGUCAGCAUGAUUCUGGCUGAGGCUAUCCGCCGCAUCCACAAUGGGGAGUCCAUGGCCUACUUGUUCCGCAACAUCACUGUGGACGACUAGAUUGCGUCAGACAGUGAGGGCUGAGGUGGGUGACCUGAGGUCAGGUGCACUUCUUCCCAGUCCAGUAAAACAUGCUAAUGCCACGUUCCAUGUAUUGUGUAUGUCAGGAUCACAUGUGUCCACAUUCGUUUCAAGAAAUUGAAAUUAAAGAAUUACCCAAAGUUAUUUAUCUUAUCAAGAGUUGUAAAAAUGUGCUGUUGUUGAAUUGAGAAAUGCAUCUUGUCCAUUAUUACGUAAAGAUGAUAAAAUACAUUCGGUCCUAUUUUGAA